GACCGGCCCGGGAUGUCCACCGGACUUUCGCAGCUCUCUGGCGGCGUCGGCGGCGACCGGGGCUCCUCCUCCUCCGCCGGCCCCCACCACCAGCACAGCCACCACCCACCUCCCCCGCCGCCGCCCAAGAUCCUCCUCGCCAAGCCGCCGCUGCCGCACGCCUCGUCCUCGGGCGCCGAUGACGACGGCGGGACCGGGGUCGCGGGUGGCCGCGCGCGCCAGGCGCCGCAGCCGGGUUCGCUCAGCCUCGUCUCCGACGCGUGGGAGGCCCACACCGACAAGAUCCUUCCGUAUCUGACGGAGAACAAUGAUUUCAUGGUGAUUGGGGUAAUUGGGCCGCCCGGUGUAGGCAAGUCGACCAUCAUGAACGAGCUUUAUGGAUAUGAUGCGAGCUCACCUGGAAUGCUUCCUCCUUUUCCUACACAAACUGAGGAAACCAGAUUGAUGGGGAAACACUGUACUACUGGUAUUGACAUCAGGAUAUCUAAUGAGCGAGUUAUACUCCUUGACGCUCAGCCUGUGUACAGUCCCUCUGUUCUAAUCGAUAUGAUGAGGCCAGAUGGUUCAUCCACAAUUCCUGUCCUUAAUGGUGAACCCUUAUCAGCAGACUUAGCUCAUGAGCUAAUGGGAAUCCAGAUUGGUGUUUUCUUGGCAUCUGUUUGUAAUAUAGUGUUGGUCGUGUCAGAAGGUAUGAAUGAUUUGUCCAUGUGGGAGCUCAUGCUUACAGUUGAUUUAUUGAAGCACGGGAUACCUGAUCCGUCCGUGUUGACGUCAUCAGCUUCCCAAGACAAGGAAAACAAAAACGAAGACCAAACGGGCUGCGAAGACUAUAUUUCCGAUCUCUGUUUCGUGCAUACUAGGCUGCAGGGGCAAGAUUUUUCUCCUUCAAAGUUCAUGCUUCUAAGGAGAACUCUUGAGAAGCACUUCAACUCAUCCACUUUUAGAGUCGGGAGCUCUAAUGCAACGGGUCAUGCUUCUGAUUCGCUGGUUCCUUCAAGCACGAAAGUUGAAGAUUUAACCUCCAGUCGGCAGGACAUAUUUCUUCUUCCCCUGAGAGGGCACGACGACUCGACAAAGUUUGAGUAUGGAACGUACUCGUGCAUGCUAGGCAUGAUCCGUGAUCAGAUCCUGUCAUGGCCGGCGAGGUCAUUCUCGAAGAACCUCUCGGAGCGUGACUGGCUGAGGAGCUCAGCGAGGAUCUGGGACAUGGUGAAGAAGUCCCCCGUCAUCUCGGAGUACUGCAAGGCGCUCCAGAGCUCAGGAUGGUUUAGGAAGCAACCGUAGUAGUGUCUAGCAGCUACUUGUUGGGAUGCGCCCGCUUUGGCCGGCUUGGAAAACCAGAGAAUCGCCAUCAGAUCAAAUGAAUUCGCUUGCUCUGUUCUGUUCAAUCAGUCGACUCUGAUGAGAUACCGUGCAUGUGUUUGUUAGUUUGUUGGGCUUUGUGUAAUGAGCUCAGAGCCAGCGACAGCAGGUGGCAGUCAGUCGUGUACGGCUCAUGCUUCUCUGCGUGUCCUGUGCUAUGAUUUGAGGCUGUUUCAUGCGACGUCUCAUAAAUUUCAUCUUCUAAAAAAUAUAUAUUUACUGUUCUUUA